AAAAGAAUUAUCUCCUAUAAACAUCUCCUACUUCUCAUUUACUUCUCUGAGGCCAUGUCACCUCCUGAAUUACUGGUUUCAUUGGUCAUAAGUUGUCAUUUCUGUUAGGUAUAUUUUACUACUCAAUAUAAUGGAAUAUUUUUCAUUAAACAAGUUGUGUAUCUCUUGCUCUACAGUGUAAGGAGAGUACAAAUUUGAAUGCAGAAGAACAGUGACUAGACUAAUCAAUGCAAGAACAUCCUUAAAGCUUUUCUUGUGUAACAAGGGCAAACUCAGCUAAAAAGUUUGUUUAAAUCCCACUUGAUAUAACAAGAACCUUUACACUUUAUCUAUCUGUGACUAUCUGUGAAUAUACCUGACUCAUCACCAGAGUGCCUUUCAACUCAGCCCUGCUCAGCUCAGUUGCUCUUCCUGCCUUAUAUAGAUAGACAUUUAAAAUUCUUUGAGGCUUCUGGUGAAGGCUGUAGAGUUUUUAUAUUUAAUAUUAUUUUAUAGCACAGGAAGUUCAUAGUUCAUGAACACUGCAGCUCUACAAAAUAUAAUGGAAGGAUUUUUCCCCAUAUACGCAAAACCACUUUGUAGCCUCUGGCUAUGUGGUUGUUUUACAUCUGUGUCAUGAACUUUUACUUCUAAGCAGCAAUUAUAUCACAGCAGAGUCAUUUUUUUUUAAUAACAAAAAGAAGUAACAACAACGAAAAAAAAGCCCUUCAUAAUCUGAAUCUGAAAGUAAGAUAAUGAAGAGAUUCUAUGUCGGUAGUCCUACUACAUUCUAGUUUUUCUCUACAUAUUUUAUGAGUAAAGCGUUUGGCAAUACUGUUAUUCAUCAGUAGCUGUCCUUUCGCCCUGUUCUUGUCUUCUACUCUCUCCUGUGCCGAACAGUGCUAUUAAUCUAUUUUACACAUUUAUUUCUUUUUUAACAUUUUUAUUUUUUAACGUUUAUUUAUUUUUGAGAGACAGAGAGAGAGUACAAGCAGGGGAGGGGCAGAGAGAGAGAGAGAGAGAGAGAGAGAGAAUCCAAAGCAAACUCCAGGCUCUGAGCUGUCAGCACAGAGCCUAAUGCGGGGCUCCCACAAACGGUGAAAUCAUGACCUGAGCCAGACGCAAAAUUGACUAAGCCACUCAGGUGCCUCACAACUUCAGUAUUAUUCUGUGCACUUUACCUGCAGGUACACUUAUGUCUUAAUUGCUUAAUUUGUCUUUGAUGCCUCACUUUGUCUUAAUGCACUUUUUUACUUAAAAAUCCACACAAAGGUUUAACGGUUUAAUCAUUUCCAUGUAUUUUGAGGUAGUUUUCAAUGAACUAAAUUGUUGUAAUGUGUGGUGUUGACUCUCACUGGAAGUUGCGAGGCAUAUUUCCUUACUAUCCUCAGUUGCCACAGUUUUCCUGGAUGCCUGACUUUACUUCCUAGACCCAGAGAGAAACAAACCUCCAAGUGCCUGGAUCUUGUCUCCUACCUUUGCCUUUUGUCCUGCUCCUUGACUAAUGUGGUUCUUGGGGACCUACACCUGCCCUUCAGGUGAACAGUACCUUUACACCCUGAUGCAUGGUCAGUGCUAGGUUAUUAGGAAACCUGCCGAGUGGAGGAAACUCUGAAAAUAGCACCAUCCAAUCUGCCUUACCCUCUCUGCCUGAUUUGUUCAUCAUUCUUAGUUCUCCCAGUCUACUCUGUUGAUUUAAUUACAUUCAAAAUGUUUGUUUUGUUUUGGUUUUGUUCCUCUGCUAGAGAAAUGACGUUUCUCAUAUAUUCUUGAACAAAGCCCUCUCCUCUGUCUGGAGCAUGAGCAGCUUUGGGAGAGGUGUUAUUUGGAGAGAUGAGGAAGCGAAGAUCACCUUCCUAGCCAAUAAGAUAACUGAUCAACAGGAUAGUGUGAGUGAAAGCCGGAUCUCCUUCACAUCCAGGUGUCUAUGCACAUACCAUACUGAGAACACUGUGGAUAGCUCAUGCAUUAGCACAUGCUUUGGCCCAUAAGUACAAAAAGAAUGGUGUCUAUAAUGUCCAUAGGAGAUAUCAUAUCUCCUAGGUGGGGAGGUAAGACAUGAAACUCCAGCUAACUUUUAAGGCUGCCGAUUUAUCUAAGUGGAAAUGCAGUAAGUUUGGGGCCAAGGGAGACCACUGUGGUCCCCAGUGUAUGGGCAAAACUUCCCAAAGGGAUGAAACUUGAAGCAAGCCCUAUAAGAAUGUUUAUUAUUAACUUUGCCUCCACAAUUUCCUGCUUCUUACCAUUAGUGGAUCUUGGCAGCCAGUUUUGCUGUCUUAGAAUAGAGAAUACUUACGGAGAGCCUAAUAAUACAAAUCCUGGUGCUUUGUGCAUUUCUGCUUAAAAACCAACUUCUCUUAACUCCCAAGAUCCUAAUAAUAGAAAAUGGUUAACUUCUCUUUGAGCAAAUGUAGCUGUCCUGUUCUCCUGACAGUUUUUCUUCUUCCCCAUUUAGAUUAUAAAUACACAGGAGCCUGGGACCAUGUGUUUCUUAUCCUUACUUUGUAAUUCCCUAUGGAUAAGACUGGCCCGCUUCGUACAUUGUAAUCUAAUCACUCACUAAGAGGUCUCUGUAUUUGUUGAAGGUGAUGGAUUAGCCUUUCAAGCGCCCCAGCCCAAGCAUUGCUGGUUGUCUUGGGCAUACCCAUCACCUGCCUUCUUCUGAUCUCUGUUUUCUCUUCCAACCAAAUAUGCUCCUGUUUGUUAUUUUUUUCCCCCUGAUCACUCCAUUUCCUAGCAUAUUAAAUAUACUUUUCUGGAGAUGUCAAGACUUCCCUUAAGAAUAUGGGCUUUUAUUUGUGGUGGCCCACAUGCAUUAACGGGAGAUAGGCAUGUUGGCUGAUGAAAUCUGCCCACGUACAGAGAAAGCCUUAAUUGAAAGCACCCAAGUUAAUUUUAAAACCCAUCAAGUUAAUAUAGCUUUACUUUUUCAUUUAGGAAAUGUUUUUAGCUACUAUGUUUUCACUCAUUUAAUAUAAUCUUUCCUCAAAUUUACUUGAAUUCACUUUUUUUUCCAAUUCACUAAAAAUAUUUUUCUCCAGCUAUUGUUUUUAGACAACUAAUGAACCUUUUCUCUGUGGUUCUCUCCUGCAAAUGGGCUGGUUUCAAUAUGUGGGUUUUAAUUUAUAUAAUUGCUCUCUCUUAUUCUUCUUUGUGAUCCACUUUCCAUUCUGUUUAGCAGACACUGGUGGCUUUGUAAUUUUGAAAAAGGAAUAGCAUGCGUGUAUACCUGGAAAGAUAACAGCAAAAUUAUUCUUAAGUGAAAUGUUGUAUCUUGUAAACUAUUUUUGGUACACUGUCAUCUUGAAACCUAACUUAAAGCAAAUAUGGAUGUCUUCUCAUCAUUAAUGCUACACCGAUUCAUUUCUUUAACAUUAAAGAGGUAUUGAUUAGCUUCCUCCUCUGUGCCAGACACAUUUUCAGGUGGUGAGGAUCUAGCAUUGAACUAGACAGACAAGGACCUUGCUCUUUACCAGCAUACAUUCUAGCCGAGGCUACAGUUGAGAUGCAGACAACAAUCACGUACAAAGAUGGCAGUUGACUUCCCAACUCUUUUUCCCUUUACCAUUGCUUCAAGGUCACAUCUAUGACCUUGUUACCUGUAGUGUUGUGUUAAAUUUAGUCUCACGGUACUACUACCCCCAAUCUCGUGUUUAAGGGCCUUGUUCUAGUACAAGAGAGAAAGAAUAGAGAUGCUCCUGAGAGGGUCAAGUUUCUUGUUGUUACUCUGGAACUAAAUGUGCUUUACUCUCAGAAUUGUAAAGGUGAGAAUUCAUUCACUCAUUCAGCAAACACUUAUUAAACAGUGUAUCAGUCAGGGUUCUAUUAUGUUCCAGGCUUUUAUAACACCUACAUGCCCUUAAGUACCUCACACUCUAGAUGGAGGGUGAGAGACAUAAAAUAAAAAUUACUGAUAAAUGUUAUAAUAAAAACAUAUAUCAAAUAAGGGGAGCACUACAAAAGCAGGAACUAACUCUACACGGGAGUAGGUUUCACCAUCAGGUCACUUCUAAACUGCAUCUUAAAUUUUUUUUAAUGUUUUAUUUUUUGAGAGACAAAGAGAGACACAGCAUGGGCAGGGGAGGGGCAGAGAAAGAGGAGACACAGAAUCCAAAGCAGGCUCCAGGCUCUGAGCUGUCAGCAUGGAGCCUGAUGCAGGGCUCAAACCCACAAGCACGAGAUCAUGACUUGAGCCGAAGUUGGACGCUCAACCAACUGAGCCACCCAGGCACCCCACUUCUAAACUACAUCUUAAAGGUGGCUGGAAAUAGAGCAUGCUUCAUUUAUUCAGGGAAUGUUUACUGAGCACCUUCUAUGAACGAGGCACAGUUGUAGGCACCAUAGACACUGCAGUGAACUGGACAAAGUCCCUGUUCUCUUUGCAGCAGAGAAACCUACAAUAAGCAUAUGACAAAUAAUUAUAUAUUAGGUAGUGAUGCCUAUUAAUACCACAAAACAAAGCUUUAAUAAGGGGAACAGAGAGUGAUAACGGUUACUAUUUUAGAUAGGCUAGUCAGAGAAGGCCUCUAAUGAGAUGACAUUUGAGCAGAAUCCUGAAUGAAUGAGACCAAAAAGCAAAGGGAAGCCAUUUCAGACAGAAGGGCCAGCAUGAAUAAAGGUUUAAUAGUCGUGAAAAGUGUAACAUCUUUAGUGCAAAGUGAGAUAUUCUCACUGAGCAAGAUGGAAUGCAAGCAGGGAGAGUGUGGUAGAUGAGGCUGGGAAAGAAGGAAGAGGGGGAGGGAGGAAGAAAUGGGAAAGGUCAAGAACAGUUUCUGGGUCUAAGCUUGGGUUACUGAGUGGGUGAUAAAGCCAUUAACCAACUCAGGGACCCCUGGAGGAGAGGCAGUUUUAGGAAUGCAAAUAAUGAAUUUGAUUUGGGGCAGUGGGAAAUACAGAAUUGGAUAUUAGGAGUCAGGACUAAAAUACAAAUUUGGCUCUUACCAGCAUGUCAUGGAAAUUUAAAAAGAAGGAGCAAGAAGAGUAGUCAGCCUUGUCAGAUACUGCAGAGAAUUUUAAUAGGAUGAGAAUUUUUAAAAGGCCAUCAGAUUUGACAUUUGGAAGGUUGGCAAUAACUUCAAGAAGGCCAAUUUCAGUAGAUGUCGAUAGGGCAAAGCCACAUCAUGGUUCAGUUAGAAAGUGAAAGGGUAAGAGGCUGGGAUUGUCCAGCCAAGGUGACUGUCUUCUCCCUUCCCAAAGCUCUUCCUUGGAAGCUUUGAACCUGAGGUCAGAUCUUCUCCCACUCCUUCCUUAACUUUCUUCACAUAAAGCCUAGUACUGGAUGCUUGAGAUGGGGACAUGAUGGAGGGACAAAUAUUCUCAGAUCCUUGGGUCUCUGAUGGGAAAGGGGCCAGGGAUAGGGGAGCCUGAUGUUGGUGAAGCAGGUAUUAAAGGGAGCAUCUUCAGUGGGAACAGCAGGUCGGGCCUGUUCUGAGACCUGUCUCCAGAGGGGGAGAAAGAUGAAACAUGUAAGUCUCUGUUGUAUGUGGAAACUGGACCAGGAAGCUGAGGUAGGCUGCAGAGCAAAGGCUCUGGGGGGCUGGUGGGGGGAAACAUGAAAAAUUAGUCAAGAAACUCAGCCCCGGUGAGAGAGUACAAUGACAAAGCGUGAGGGCUGGGAGUGGAAGCUGACAGUUAACUGAUAGACACUAGAAGAAAUUUAGGGAGGAAUGCUUAGGUUUCUUAGAGCACAGGAACUAAAGAUGUGCAGGGGAGGCUAUUGGCAGUGCUUGUGACCACAAUGAUAGCAGUGAGGGGAUGGUUAAUGAAUUUAGGAAUGGUCCCAGAAAUACCUGGUAUAUAGAUGUUCAACAAAUAUUUGUAAGCCAAAAGGGGUCGUUCCUCAACAGAUAAUGUGGAGGAAAAGGAUUCGAUACUGGAGUUCUGAAGAGCUGUUAGAAAAUGCCUAGGUUCCCUUCAGGGAGAGGAUGGAGGCAGUGACUGAGAUCCCAGACCUCUUAAAAGUACAAAGCCAGAGAGAGAGAGACCUAUACCAUGGAGGGAGUUAGAAGCAUAGACCAGAAGCAUAGACCAGACUCGUUUAAUCCUGCAGACCCAAGGGAUUACCGGUAGGUCUACUAGAUUUCCUCACCCCUGCGCAAAUACACCCCUGGCCUCAGUUUCUCUCACCUGCACCUCCAUCUCUUCCCACUAGGGGGCGGUGCUCGAGGGCAAGGCUGGCGGCUGUUCCGAAGCCUCGAGGACCAUCAGUUCCUACCAGACUCCCUGCUCCGGUGCCGUCUUACCCCAUGGCGGGACCCAGGCCCUCAUACGUCUCCCCACUGCCAGGCAGUGGUAGGGGCGGGCCCAGAGGACCGGUGCCGGUGCGGGUUGACACUCCGGUCUGGUUGACCGCCCAGGCGGCUCCGAGCAUGCUGAUGGUCCAGCCGGGAAUCCAGCAGGGGGUCAGCCCAGGCCCUGAGGUGUGGGAGAUGCCCCUGGGUCCCCUGCCAUACAAAUUCCGGGGCGGGAUGGCACCCUGCACGCCCGGGGUCGGAGCUGGCAAGGUGGGAGCCUGGUUCCCGAGCCCCUCAGAGGGCACCUUCCCCAGGCCCUACAUCAUCCUGCAGUGCAUCCCAAGGUUGGCACUGCCAGAGGACGUCUCAGCCAUAGAGAAAGAGAUGGAGCAGCUGGCCAAGGAGCUGAGGCGAAAGAGAAUGGCCCUGGGGUACUCACAGGCCGACGUGGCGUUCGCCGUGGGGGCUCUCUUUGGAAAGGUUCUUAGCCAGACAACCGUCUGCCGCUUUGAGGCCCAGCAGCUCAGCAUCGCCAACAUGUGGAAGUUGGGACUGCUGAUGAAAAUGUGGCUGGAGGAAGUGGACACCAAGAACUUUAUGGGUGUAUGCAAAAUAGAGAUGAUCCUGCAGCAGGCUCGGAAGCGAAGACAGGAAAGCAGGGAGCGACGCAUAGUAAACUAUCUGGAGAAACUCUUCUUGCAGUGCCCGAAGCCCACACCCCAGCAAAUCAGCCGCAUCGCCGGGCAGCUCCGGCUACAGAAGGAACUGGUCCGAGUUUGGUUCUAUAAUCGGAACAAGAUGGGUGGUCAGCCAACCAUUGAUUUCUCCCCACAGGAGGAUGUGGGGGCAGGGGGGUGGCCUCCUUUCCCAGGGGGGCCAGUAUGCUUUCCUCUGGCAUCAGGGCCCCAUUUUGGUUCCCCCUGCUAUGAAGAGCCGUAUUUUAUACACUUCACCCCUUACCCUGUGGAGGGGACCCACCUCUCUGCCCCAGCCACCCCUCUUGGCUACUCCAGGCUUUCAAACUGAGGGGCCCGCCCUUCUGGGCAGAGCUGAACUGGGGAAAUGGGUGAUGCCUGAGGUUCAUUUCAGGGCUGUUAACAUUAAGAGCUCCAUUAACUGUCUAAAGAGGUUAAUACUUAAGGGAUGGUUUGGGAGUUUAGGAAAUUCAGGGGAGGGAAGUUGAAGUUUAUUAUUCCAGUGUUUUUACCUAGCAUUGACUUUAAGGUACAUUACAUAUAUGGUUUAGGAUAUUUUGUUUCUCUCUCUCUCUGUUAUUAAUUGAAAAUUACUUGUGUCUGUUAUUCCUUGUGAUUAUCAGUAAACAUAGGAUUUUUUUCCUUAUAAACACACCAUUGGGUGAAAAAUUCAAACACAGAAGAUUAUUUCAGUAUACCUUUUUUUUUUUUUAAUCAAAACCAAGCAGAACUUUAUGUAAAAAUAAACAUAGAGUCCAAGAUAAUAGUAACCUCUGGGGGAAGGUUUGAGGGGUACAGAAAGAGUACACAAAACCUACCCAAGGGACCAUGCUGAAAUACAAGUGUUUUCUUGUGCUCCUCCCUUUCUUGAAAGAUGCUUUUUUUUUUUCCUGCUAAUUCACCUUUUCAUUUAGAGUGCUCAGUUUCAGGUGGAGGUCUCAAUCCAGAUCUCCACCUUAUGGAAUCCCACUGGUUUAUCCACAGUCCUGCCCAGGUCAUUGUGUUUGGAACCCCUUUCUUACUGAGGUUGGCAAGGUGGACAACACUUGCUCAGCCUCGGCUCCAGCUUACUUCUCUGGUUCUCAGCACCAUUUGGUUUAUUACCUGGCUGUUUUCCUUACUUUCUUUUGAACUCAGAUAUGCAUCUUAGAGAAUAUCUGUGAUGGUUGAGUCAACAUUCCCUGGUUUUUGUGAUGGUAUAUCUUAUACCACUUUUCCAAUCUCUCCUACGAAAUUGGUCUUUUCUAGUUUUCUCCUUCUACAUUGGUAAAUUUUGAUCAUCAUAUACUAAACAGAUAUACCUGCAUGUGAUAUUUAUUGCUUUCUGAUUCCAUCACUAAAUAUUAUAUAUGAGUUUGUCUUCUUAAUUACUAAUCUGUCAGUUUUUUCUUUCUCCUUUUUUUCCCCUUAAUCAGCUCUUACAAAAUAUUUAUCUAUAGGUAUUUUCAAAGAACAAGUAUUUGUAAAAAUGUUUAUCUUAUUUACUGCUGUUUUUAUUUUAUUUUAUAAUUAAUUAACUUUUAGCUUUUAUUUCUAUUAAUUGCUUUUUUCUAGUUUUCUCUGAUUUCUCCCGAUGUAUAUUUUUCUCUUGUCAGUGUUUGAAGACAAAACACUGAUGAUACAUAGAGGUUUGUGAAGAUAGAGACAAACUUUAGAUUCAACAGAUGACUAAUCACUUAUUCUUGGACUCUCCCAGUAAAAGUCACAGAGCACCAGUCUCAUUUCUUCCUUUUCCCAGACAGCCCUUCUGGACAACCUUGAAAGGGAGAUGUUUCUGCAGAGGGCCAGGUAGUAUUUAAUGCUGGGAUGAACAACAGUGGUUGUGUCAACAUUCAGCUCCUAAAAGAUAUGAGGAGGCUCUCUCUCACCCAGGCUGCUUCUUGAAUUCUGUAGCCCCUGCAUAUUUGGAGAAUUGGUAAUGGGCUUUUGAUCUCGGGAACAGCUCCAAGGACCUGCCUCAGCACCUGCACAGCUGCAUCUUGCACACAGCUGCUGCACCUCUGGUUAGGCAAGCACCACGUUGUGUCAUUGAUCAGCCUUCACAUAACUUAAAAUGCGAUUUUUCCAUCACUGGUCCUCUUGACUUGACUAUGUAAAGAGAAAAGGCUGGACCUUAGGGAAACUUUGAUCUUUAAAGCAUUUCAGGUUUUUCAAAGAUUUAAGAUUAUGGGUAGAAACCUUAAUAAUAAAACCCCCCAAAACUGAGAAUUGAAUUGCCCUUAGAAUUGGGAGAAAACCAACAAUGUGGUGUCAGUGCUGAACAGUAUCAAAUAUACAGAGAUCAAAGUAACAUAAAAUCAAGUCAGAUAUACCAUGUCGCUAGCAAAGGUGUCAGUGAUACUAGAGUGAAAACAUUUUCAGUGGAAUGGUUGGCAGAGGCAAAAGUCAAACAGUAGUCCAGAGUCUCCGUAUUUACCAAAUUUCCCCUAAUGUCAAUUAAAAACACGAAUUCCAGCCACUCAAUAAGAUCUUCACCAUCAUUCCGAAAUAUUUCUUUUAUCAAAUGUUUCCUUUAUCUCAUGUUUUCUUUAGACAAGGCAAGUAUUCUUAACCUGAAGACGUCGAACCCCUUUACAGUACAGGCAGAAUAGUGUGUUUGUACAUGUGUGCAUCUUUAAAGAUGGUGAUGAUAGCUUUUAUCACAUUCUCAAAGGAGAUGUAGCUCUUUGUAGAUCUACGGUUUCAGAAUUUUAGAAAUACAUUCCCUUUGGCCACCUUACUCUCAAGAGUUUUCCCUUGACCCAAUACCAGUCUAACAGGUAAUUCCUGGUUUUCUUUGAAUCUGUAUAUUCUGGAUAUCUCUAGCUCAGCGUAGAAUAGAGGACCUGAACCACUUCUUACAUAAGUCUUUCAAAUUCAACCAAAUACUCUAUUAAUUAUUGCCUUUAUUGUUCUUAUACUUUCAGCAGUCUUUGACACUUUAAUGAGUUUCCUAUCAUAAAGAACAAUUUCUCUUGUUCCUAGAAUCUUUCCUAUCUAUUGUCUAAGAAAACUUGAAGUGUUAAGAUAUGCUCCCUUAUUCCAAAAAAUUAUUCUUGAAAUAUCAUCUAAAUGUUUUCUAUAAUUUCAUAUUUUUCAAGUAUAUAUACUAUACAUCUUUGCCUGUUAUACUAAAACUACAUCAGGAGAUUUAUUUUUCAUUGUAGCCACUUCUGUUUAUAGCUUUCUUCUAGAAAUCGUCUUGCUUACUAAACAGUAUUCGUUUCCUUGGCAGAAUCUAUUUUUUUUUUAGGGUACAAAAUUGUAUUAUCUAUGUAAAACAAUGUUUUGAAAGUGAAAACUACAAUGCCCUCCAAUAAAAUCCUAGUGGAA